AACAAGAUUGUUACAAUGUUUAUGCUAAUAAUAUUUCUCUUGUCGUCCACAUUCAUUUUCACUAGCAACACAAUUGCUCAAAUAAUAGAUGAUGAGAGUUGCGAAACAUUACAAUCAGAAGUACAUAUUACAAAAGACGAAUACGACGAAAUAGGACGUUUGAAAAGAACAUGCAGCGGAGAUAUACCUGUCACAAAAUGUGAAGGUUUUUGCAGUUCUCAGGUGCAACCAAGUGUCGCGAGUACUACAGGAUUCUCAAAGGAAUGCUAUUGUUGUCGUGAAAGCUAUUUGAAGGAAAGGCUUAUCACUUUACACCAUUGUUAUGAUGCAGAUGGAAUAAAAUUACUGAACGAAGAAGAUAGAAUAAUGGAAAUUAAAAUACGAGAACCAGCAGAAUGUAAAUGCAUUAAAUGUGGUGUUGACGAAUGUCAGGCGACUCCAGUCAUUCACUUUUUGCAAUACCCAGGAUGUGUCCCAAAACCAAUUCCUAGUUAUGCAUGUAGAGGACGCUGCAGUAGUUACCUACAGGUGUCUGGAUCAAAAAUUUGGCAAAUGGAGAGGAGCUGUAUGUGUUGUCAAGAAAGCGGCGAGAGAGAGGCCAGUGUAUCCCUAUUUUGUCCGAGGGCUAAACCAGGCGAGAAAAAAUUCCGAAAGGUAAUUACCAAGGCGCCUUUAGAGUGUAUGUGUAGACCAUGCACCAGUGUAGAAGAAUACGCAAUCAUUCCUCAAGAGAUUGCUGGAUUUGCUGAUGAAGGUCCGUUUACGACUUCAGCACAUUUCAGGAGAUCAUCCGAUUUGCAGUAACUCUUUCGUCUAAUUUCAUGCUGAAAAUGUCAAACGAAAAUAAAAACUUGAAAAGAUGAAGAAAUUUAUUUGAACGGUAUAAAAGUUGUAAACAUCAGAAACAUUCUAAAAGUACAAACUGAAAAUAUAAAAUACAUGAACUAAAAAAUAAACAUAGUAUUCAAUGUUAUUACAUUAAUGUAAACCAAUUUUUAAAUCUUUGUCGCGUAUAAUUCUAACACAUAAAAACUGUGUUUGACAGUAAUAUUUGCAUCUAGUAUCCUCAAAAAUAAAAAAAAAAUUAAUAAUUAUUUAAGAAAGUAUUGAAAAAGUUUACUAACGUUUUGGUGGAUAUACAUCAGAAGCCUUAUUACUUUGUUAUAAAUAAUUUCAGUUAUAUUACAUACAUAUAAAAUAACUACAUUGUAUUAAAUAUACAAUAUAGGAUAUACUACGCAUAUUUAGUGUUUCAAAAAUGCGUAUUCAUGUAAUACAGUACCAUUAUAAUUAUUGCAUCUUAACAUUAUGUUGUAAAUCAUUACAUCUUGUCAAGUAUACAUUAUCUACAAUCUUUUAAAUUUCAAGUGCAUCAGAUAUUAACGUUUAUUUUUUAAAUCAGUUUCAUUCAAAAUUGUAUGUAUAUACUUUAUUCGUUAUUGUAGGUAUUUCGUUUAUAGUUAUGUUGACAAUAUACGAAUUGGUAUUACAAAAAAAUAUACAUAUGACUAAUUCAGUGAAAGUUUCUCUUCGGCGUUAUGAUCGAUGCAUCUAGACAGGCAUAUAUUCAAGAAAAUAAUCAACAACGGUUUGACAUGGAGUUCUUUUUUAUUUUUUUUCGUAUAGAUAUGAUUUAUCAUAGAGUGUACGAGUGUAUCUGUGUAUUGUGUUUUGGAGUUUUUAGUGAUAUUUUAUUUAUAUUAUGUAUAUGUAUAUUAAUGUAAACGUAAGCACACGCAGGUAUAUGUAUAAACACUUUAUACAUGCGUGUUCAUACGCGAAUUGUCGGCACAAUACGCCGCAUGCACGUGCAAUGUUUCAAGAAGACAGCAUAACAAAGCCAUUCUUCUCUUUUAUCUCUGCAUCUGUUCAAUUCUCACUUACAAUAUUUAUUUAAUAAAUAUUUACAGUGAUUAUUUUUUUUUACUGCGACUCACUUAACUUGUUUCCAACAACGUUUUUUUUUUCUUUUAAUUUUAAUCAUAUAUAAAUUAUUGUAAUUUUAUAUAUUUACUGUUUUUUGAGUGCAUCUCGCGUUUUAUCUCGUCGAAUGAUACAUUCUACUGUUGCAUAGUAGAAUAAGAACCUUCAAGGAGACAAAUAUUAUGGAUCAUUGCUCUUAGAUGUAUUUCGUAUUUUUCGCACUCAUUUUACUUCAUGUAUAUUUCGCUUUUACAGUGUGAAAAAAUUAGUAGUAAGGUUUACUUAAUUCUUUAUUUUUUUACUCUCCCUCCUUACUUUUUCUUGUUUUCUUUCAUUUUGUUUCGUCCUAUAAACUAUAUGCAAACAAAAUUUUCUACGUUUCAAUUAUGUGAUUUAAUUGAUCAAAAUUAAAGUUUAAUCAUUAAACAGGUUUUAUUUUCUAACGAUUUUUAAAUUAUUUUAAGAUAACCGAACAUAACUAUGCAUUUGGAAUGCAAUAGAUUGAAUACUAAAAGUACACGAAGCGAUAAAGUAACGAGGGUAUAAUGAAACUAUAAAGAAAUUGCGACGAUGAAGGGAAUCUUGUAUCAAAAGGACAACGUACGACUUCUUUCAUUAGUAAGAAUGUAUAAUUUUGAAAGUGUAUAUUGUGUGUAUGCACAUAUAUACCGACACACAAAUAUAAAUAUACGUGUAUGCAUAUAAACAGAGACGAAUGCGAACAUGGUAACCUUUUAUCCCUUCAGCAACAUGCAAUUCGUAAGAAGCAUAAAUGGCAAACUUGGCUAGUAAAUCUAGCAUUUAUAAAGGACUAAAUAAUAAUACCUACAUUUAAAAUAACCGAGUACAAGUCCACAUUUUCGGUAUCAAACAAUAAUUACAAUUUCUUAAAUAAGGAGAGUAUAUUUAGUAACAUCAGAAAUGUUAGACAAAAUCAAUGUAAAAUUCUCUUCUAGAGUUAAAUAAAAAUAAUUUUUCAUAAUAACUGCACUCAAAUCUACUUAUUUCCCUUUUAUAUAUAUUGUAGUAUAUUCAAAGGAAAUGGUAUUUUUCACACUGUACUUUAAAUUAGUAUAACAAUUUUAUACAAUUUGCUACGGCACCUGCCACCUGAAUACAUGCAGACAUUCCAUCCCACGCACUAUAAUCUGUUCUCUCAAUGAUUAUAAAUAACUAGUGUUAAAAAAUAGUAGCGCCUUAAUAUGCACACCAUUUGUAUCCUUCCGUUUCCUAAUUUCAACAUAUUCUACACUACGAACCCUAGUUUCGUAAUGUUAUGUUACACAUUUCACUCUCAUUCUUUCUUAGUUACGAACGGUUUUUUCUUACAGUAGAAUACAUUGUAAGUUCGCAAAGAUAUAAAUUAGUAAUUCUGUUAUAUUCGUUAUAAUAAUAGGAAGAACCGCCGCCCUUGUAUCAGACUUGGUUAUCAAUAGUUUCCUUCUGCUUAUUUUUUAAAUUUAAUUUACUUAAAAUGGACCUACUUAUACACAUCUGCGUUCGGCAAUUUGUUAACUAAACCGUACAGCAAAACGCUUCAGUUGCUCUAUGAUAUCGCUCAGUGAAAUUGAAAGUAGCAUUUCUCGAUUUUCCGAGAUCAUGCAUGAAAAAAAAAAUCAUAAGUUUCAGUUCUAUUGGGCGAUUCACAAGCUGUAGUGACAUUCCGCAAGACAUAAGAUAUACGAUAAUAUUCUCGAGUUGUUUUUUUUUUGCUUUAUUUAAACUUUAAAUCAUUUCAAUGAAUUAUAUAUAAUAAUUAUCUUGUAUUUACUUUUGUAUCAUUAUUAAUAAUUAAUCUUUAUCUUCAUUAUGUAUAAUAGCGGCCUUCGGUCAUUGUGUUUUCCUUUUUUAUAUGACAACCUUAUUUAUUAUCUUCCACUUCUUGUUCUUCAAAGUUCUAGACUAUAUUACAUACACCCGCGCACUACUAUCACACCAUUGUUUUCUUCAAUAUAUACCACAUUUUUCCUUAAAGGAAAAAAAAGACAAAAAAAACUGCAAUUUGAUCUCACUUCGCGUAUCUUUUUUUGACGAGGGAACGUAUAUUUAAGUCUUUAAACAGACGAUAAUGUACUCGAUCA